UCUGGAUAAAUUUAGCCACAAGAAGGGGAGGGGACAGACCCCAUUGGCCAGCAGUGGGAAGGGAGGUCCUGGAACCAGGGUCACAGCUCCAAAGGGGACAUCCUCAGAGGGUCAUCCAAGACCUAAGGAAGAUAGAGAAGCAGAGAGUGGGAGCCAUACCACGAAAAAGAGACACUCUGAAAAUCAAAGCCAAAAAGGCAGAAGGGCCCAUCAGAGGCAGCUGAAGCCAGCCUGGUCAGACGCUCAGCUGCAGAACGUCCCCAUGGGCUUCCAGGGGCCAUGGUUGCACACUUGUCUCCUUUGGGCCACAGUGACCAUCCUGCUGGUCCCUCCAGUGGUGACCCAGGAGCUGAGAGGAGCUGGGCUGGGUCUUGGCAACUGGAACAACAAUGCAGGCAUCCCUGGAUCCUCAGAGGACCUGUCAACUGAGUUUGGCCACCACAUCCACCGGGGCUAUCAAGGUGAGAAGGACAGAGGCCACAGAGAUGAGGAUGAAGACUCCUCCAGGGAAUAUGGCCACCAGGUCAGAGACCACAGGUACCCUGGCCACGAGGCUGGGGAGGAGAAUGUCUCCGAAGAGGUCUUCAGAGGACACGUUAGACAGCUUCACAGGCACCGGGGACACAAUGAUGAAGAUUUAGGGGACUCUGCCGAGAACCACUUCCCCAGACAGAGUAGCCACAGCCAUGAAGAUGAGGAUGGCAUUUUCUCUGCUGAGUAUCACCGUCACAUCCCCAGGCAUGGCCACCAUGGCCACGAAGAGGAAGAAGAAGAUGAUGAUGAUGGAGGAGAAGAGGAGGAGAGGAUGCACGUGAUGGAGGACUCUGAUGGUAAGCACCAGGCCCAUGGUCACCAGAGCCACACAAAGGAGAGAGAUGAACACCAUCAUGCCCACAGCCAGAGGCACCAAGGCCACAGUGUUGAAGAUGAUGAUGAUGAUGAUGAUGAUGAUGAUGAUGAUGAUGAUGAUGGUGUCUCCACCGAGCAUGGACACCAAGCUCACAGACAUCAGGACCGUGACGAGGAAGAGGAUGGGGACUCAGGUGAAGACAGUCAUGCUCACAGAGUUCAAGGCCGAGAAGAUGAACGUGAUGAUGAAGAUGGUGACUCUGGUGAAUAUGGACACCAGACCCAGGACCACCAAGGCCACAAAGUAGAACAUGAUGAUGAUGAUGAUGAUGAUGAUGAUGAUGAUGAAGACAACGGCGAAGACUCCACUGAGCACGGUCAUCAGACUCAAGGCCACAGGAAGGAUGAAGAUGAGGAUGAGUCAGAUGAAGAUGAUCAUCAUGUCUCCAGGCAUGGACACCAAGGCCAUGAAGAAGAAGAAGAAGAAGAAGAUGAUGAUGAUGAUGAUGAUGAUGACGACAACGAUGAUGAUGAGGAGGAGAAUGGUGAUGGUGACUCUACUGAGCAUGUGCACCAAGCCCACAGACACAGAGGCCAUGAGCACAAAGACAAUGAGGAUGACUCAGAAGAAGACUACCAUCAUAUCCCCAGCCAUGGCCACCAAAGCCACCAAAAUGAGGAAGAGGAGGAUGAGGCCAUAUCCACCGAACACUGGCACCAGUCUCCCAGACAUGCUCACCAUCGUCUUGGAAGUGAGAGUCAAGAAGAGGCAACAGUCAAGUACAGCCACCAUGUUGCAAGCCACCAACCCCAAGGCCACAGUGCUGACAAGGAGGUGGACUCUCUAGAAGAACAUAUGAAUGAAGUCCCUGGCCAUCACCACCACAGAGUCUCCAGGAAUGGCGAUGAAGACAUUUCUACUGAGUUUGGCCACAAAGCCCCCAGCCACAGGCUACAAGAUCAAGAUGAAUGGGCUAGGCUGGGUCACAGAGAAUCUGUUCAGGAAGGGAUUGGUCAUCAGCCCCUGCAGCCCACAGGGCCCCGAUCUGGAGAAUCAAGGAAGGAAGAUGACCACAGUUCUCAAGAGGGAGAUGAAGAACCAGAGCAGAGACAAGUCCAUAGUGAGGAGGAGGAGGAAGAGGAGGGCCAUGGCCUCUCCGUGAGCCAGGAAGAUGAAGAGGAGGAAGAGAAUGAUAAGAAAGAGAGCAAGGUAGACAGGGCCGCAGUUUCGGCUCCACUGAGCCAUCGUAGGAAGCAGGAGGAGGAGGAGGAAGAGGAGGAGGAGGAGGAAGAGAUCCUGGAGGAAAACCUGCUACCUUUCACCAUUAUCCCAAACCCACUUGCUGGGAGGGAGGUGGCCAGAGAAGGCUCCAGUGAGGAGGAGAGCCGUGAAGUCACAGGUCAGCAGGAUGCCCAGGAGUAUGAGAAUUACCAGCCAGGGUCCUUGUGUGGCUAUUGUUCUUUCUGCAAUCGAUGUACUGAAUGUGAAAGCUGUCACUGUGAUGAGGAGAACAUGGGGGAACACUGUGACCAGUGUAAGCACUGCCAGUUCUGCUACCUCUGCCCGCUGGUCUGCGACACACUCUGCACUCCAGGAAGCUACGUUGACUAUUUCUCUUCCUCUCUGUAUCAAGCCCUGGCUGACAUGCUCGAGACUCCAGAGCCCUGACCUGGCCGCUGGCAAGAGCUGGAUCUACUUCUCUGAAUAAAUGUGCUCCUAGAAAUA